AUGUUUCGCCACCAUCCCAAUGAACAUGAGUGCUUUUUGACGGCAACAAAGACACACGCUCAGGAACUGGAAGAACUUCUUGAAGAUCGGGCGAAAGAGACGAAGAAAGAGUGGGACAAGCUGGAUUCCGGCUGGGAAGCCCUCGAGUUCAAAAUGAACGAGACCGGAAUGUCCACGGUGUCAUCUUUCCACCCAAGCAUCGUGAGAUUGGAUGUUGGUGGGCUGGACGUGAACAUUGCUUGGUCUGUACUCAGGGAGAAAGUUGUAGCAUCAUCAUCAAGUUGGACGCUAGGAGACCUGUUCAAAGGGGGGGUGUGGGACAAGCGUCUUCCGAGUCCUGAAGAUGGCCGCAUUGUGCUGGAUGAGUCUCCCGUUUGCGUUGAGGAAAUUCUCAGUGAUGGUGCAUCAUCAAAGAGGUCCGGAAGCAACAACUUGCCCGACGACGAGAAGCCGUAUAUUGGUUAUGUAGCCAGUGCUCUUGGGCUGGGGCUGCAACCCGGGAUGGUGUCCUGGCAGGCCGACCGCGCAUCGCGAGAUAGCUGGUCUGAUCACGCGUUCCAUGCCCGGUGCGGGGAUGACAGUCCCUCGACGAUCUCCUUGUUUUGUGUGGAGGCUCAAGGCGCUAACAACAGCGAUAGCGUCGUUGGGAGGUUUUCCGUCGUUCCAUGGACAGCAAGUCCGGAAUUUAGCCCUGUUCUGCCCUCACCUGGAUCGUUCUUGUUCAUGCUAAAGGACGGAAACGAAGGAUCAGACGCCGUUCAACCCUCCAAAUGGGGUCCCAAGGUAGGCUAUACCGGUCAGGUAGUCGACGGUAGGACCGAAGGUCCGGUGGAUUGGGUCAUGUGUCUGCAUAGGAUGUUUACGGUCCAUUGCGGCAUAUACGACAUCCCGACUGAACAUCCUUUUCUCUACCACAUGGGGAGGGAGGUCGUGGACAUCGAGGUGUUUCGAGUGCUACCUACCUCGCUGACUGUCACCGGUCUCAUCGACUGCGCAGCGUAUUUUAAAUGUAGUGAUAUGUCGGCAGAGGAGCACGAAAACGAUGUGUACAGGUUCGGUAUGUCCAUCGCCGGGUCGCUGAGAGACGAACGGGCAGCACUGCACACGGCUCAACGUGAGCUUGUCAAAGCGAAUACCAUCGCGGCAGCUUCCGUCGAAGCCUUGGCAGCGGUGUACGGCCCGAACAUUGCUGCCGGUGUCGAAGAUCGCGUCGUCGAACUCAGUGUUCGUGGGCCUAGAAAGACCGAGAGGAUGACGACUCUGCUUUCAACUCUCCAAGCAUGCCCUGAAUCAGCCCUGGCCGCUCGAUUCGACGAGGCCAAAUGGCCCGUCACCGACAAGGAGAAAGACGCGCACGGGCGCCGGGUGAUCAAAGACUGCAGCCCAUUGGUAUUCGCAAAGGUUCUUGAUGUGUUGAGGAUGAAGAAGCGUGAGGCCUGGGCUGAUGACGACAAAAAGGUGAGGGCGGCGGUCCUCGUUGCCAUCAAGGCCGCUGAUCGCGCGCCCUUCGAGAAGUUCGUUAACAUGUACUUUCCGGCUUGCGAGAGCUUCAUCAUGGACAGCGUGAAGUUCUUGUGUGGGCCUUAA